AUUUUAAUGGUCUCCUUGUCGCUUUAUUAUAAGAGGUCGGCGAGCACUCUGUAAUCCCGGCGUUGCUUUUUUCACCAUUGAUACGAAAGUAGCACGAUGGUUUUAGCGACUUCACCCGGAAGCCUUCGUUACUCCAUAUUCCAAUGGUGUUAGGCGCUUCGCUGGAGCUGUGAGAAGGACACGUUAGUGGUCAAGUCGCUGGACAAUAGCAAGCGAUCUGUUCCAAGCGGGGCAACCGGACCCACAACCGCAGAGGGCGUGCUGCCUGCACAAAAGACUACUUAUAGCCAGUAGCGGCUGAGAUAAUUGAAACAGCGGCCAUGGCCUUGAAACGGGAAGCCCCAUUGCUGCCUGUGCAUUCCGUUCGUCACCCCCAAAAGCGUAUGCGGCGGAAAGCAACUCUUAUGAGGGUUGUGAUUCUGGUCACUAUCCUAUUCGGCGUCGGCUAUGCGGCCUUCGCUGCUCGCUACAUAGGCACUAGCAAGCACCGCAAGGACUUGCAGGACACCCUGAUCAGGACGCAGCUGGAGCGGAAGUCCAACGGUGCAGGAGCGCAGCACGAGGGGCGAGCGCUGAAGGCGGAAGACGGCGCUGCAAAACCCCACGAGGCGCAUGCGCACGCGUCCCGGGACGGCAACCUGACCGGUACCGUCGCCUCCGCCUCGCCCUCGCCCUCACCUGCGGACACCCGCAGCGUUGGCAGCCCAGCGCGGCACCCUCGCCUGCACCAGCUCCCCCAGAACCAGCCGGUGGUGCGUCCGCCCCCAGUCCUGAGCGGCAGCCGCCACCGGGGGCAGCAGGAGCUGCACUCCUCGCAGCAGCACCCGCAGCAGCAGCACCCACAGCAGCACCCGCAGCCCCCGAGUGACAGCCAGGAGCCUGGCGCCCCCCUCACGGCGCCCAUCACCUCCCCCAUCACAGCUCCCAUCACGGCCCCCGUCAUCGCACCCCUCACCGCGCCGCGCAUCGCCCCCCAUCACAAGAGCACACGCGAGGGCCGGCACCAUGUGUACGACAACGCACAGCGACCCCAUGAGCACGCACAGCACCACGAGGAGCACCCCCAGCUCAGCCACGUGCCCACCGAGCGCCCGCAUGCCCCCCCCGUCACCGCGGGGCCCGUGGAGGCGGACCGGGCCGCUGAGACCCGCACCGUGCAGGCGCCCUCCCUGGCGGUGGGCAGCCGCAUCGAGGCCGACAGCCGUACCUCCUCCCCUGUCGUACAGGCGCCCUCGCUCGCAGUGGGCAGCUUGAUUGAGGCGGACAGCCACACCACCGACCGCGCUGCGGACCUGGUGGAGCCCGGCGGCGUCAGUCGCGUGCUGCAUGCAGUGACGGAGCCCACUGCGGAGGCGCCGGUGCGGCUGGCGGCGCCCAUCACAGUGACGCACGUGGAACCCGACAGCCGGGAGACGCAGCAGGCGCAGCAGCAGCAGCUGCGGGAGCCGCUGCUGGCAGCGCCCAUUGAGACGGACAGCUCCUCCCAGGGGGCCAAGGUGCAGGCGCCGGAUGAGAGUCGGCUGCUGCGGGUGAGGGUGGAGGCGGAGAACGCGGCGCCGCGGGGAGCGGGAGAGGAGGAGGUGCAUGCGCCGGUGCGGGCGCCGGUGAUCCGGGCGCUGCAUGAGGACACGGCGCCGCAGAGGAAGCCGGCGGCUCAGGGGAUGUAUACGCUGCAAGCGGUGGACAUUGACGGCCGCACUCGUUCCCUGAGCGAGUUCGCGGGCAAGGUGACGCUGGUGGUCAACGUGGCCUCCGCAUGCGGCUUCACGGACGAAAAUUACCGAGGCCUUGUGAAGACGUACGAGAAGUACCGGCAUCACGGUCUGGAGAUCCUGGGCUUCCCAUGCAACCAGUUCGGAGCGCAAGAGUCGGGCAGCGAGGCGGACAUCAAGAGCUUCUGCAGCGCCAAGUACCACGUGGACUUCCCCAUGUUCUCCAAGGUGGACGUGAACGGCCCCGGCACGCACCCCGUCUACCAGUUCCUGAAGCGCGAGCUGCCCGAGGCGGAGGGGGGCGGCGGAGGCAAGGGGCCGGGCAAGGACCUCAUCUGGAACUUCCAGAAAAUCCUGGUGAACCACGAGGGCCGCCCCGUGAAGCUGUUCUACCAGUCGUGGGACCAGGGGGCGGUGGAGCAGGCCAUAUACCGCCUGCUGCACGAGGCGCGCACCGCGGGGGCGCUGGGGGCAGCCAGCCAGUAGGAGGAGGGGGAGGGGGAGAAAGUAGAGAUGCGGCAACUGGAGUUCCAAUUCACAUAUCCCGACACAUUAAGUACGUGCAGUGAGCGCACACAGGAGGCAUUAUGAGGAGGGGGAGGAGGCCUGGCGUAUAGGAAGAGGGCUUCCGCUGCCGCUGUUAGUAAGGGUCUAGAGCGUAGGGCUGUACUCCGUCCUCGACAAUAGUACUACGUAUGUGAUCUGGCUAGUAGCUCAGCGGGUUGCAAUCUGGGUUUGCAGAUUUGUUGUAUGAUGUACAUGCGAGCUCUCGGCACGUGAUCAGGCUGGGUAUGGCACGCGGUUUGGUGGGAAGUGACAAGUUCAUGAGACAUGUACUGUUGACGUCUGUGACUUGGAGGUAUAAUGGUAUAAGGGCAUUAUGGGGUGCUCGGAAAGCUAACAAUCGAGGCGGUAGGGACAGGUAGGGACCUCAUUUAGUGUUGCGCCGGGCGUCUUAGAUGGCUUGCCUAGAAACCAGCUGGUCAUGGGCCACGCUUUUGUUUGGCUCCCGCGAAAGCCGAUGUGACGCACACGUCUGCACGGCACAGACAUGUAAUACCGUCUAUAAAAGCUCCCGUUUAUUUUCACAACUCUGCAGGUGCGGUCCGAAUCUAGG